CACCCUUGAGCGAGAGUCUCCCUAGUUGUGUUGUGGGUUGCGUGUUAUAAAGCGGAAAGCUGCGCCGUUCUCUUCACAUCGGAGCGCUCCGACCUCCGAAGCGCGCCAGCUGUAUCACACAGCCAGCCAGGACCUGAAGCUGCUCACAGCUAUGACUCUGCCGCUCUCUCUACCUGGAUUUACUCUCCAGUAACUGCUGUUCGUCGCACACCCCACUCUGCCACCAACAGCACCCACAGCAGCAGCAGCAGCAGCAGAAGCAGCAGCCUCCUCCCCAGCUCCUCCAUCUCUGCUCCCCAGCCUCCAACUCUCACCUUUUUGUUCUGCGGCCAUGGGGCGCGUUGUUUCCUUUUUGCCUGGGCUGCUGAGGGGCCUGACCGUGCUGUGAGGCGGGAUACCAGGUGGAUUUAUGGUCCGCAAAGCCGCAACUACCAGCCGAGGGAAAUUAGUGGAACUUUGAGCUCCGGGAGGAUGCAGGUGACGUGUUGGUGCGCCGUGUUCCUCCUGACGCCUGCACUUUGCCUGGUUACAAGUGCCCAUGCCUCAAAGUCGGAGAUUGUCAAGUCGGGAAGCCCCAAAUCCACACUCAAGCAUAUAUGGACAGAAAGCAGUAAGGAUAUGUCCAUCAGUAGGCUGCUGUCACAGACUCUACAUGGCAAAGAGAACAGCACAGCCUUGGACCUUCGCUAUGAUACUCCAGAGCCCUACUCUGAGCAGGACCUGUGGGACUGGCUGAGGAACACCACAGACUUGCAGGACUCGCGGCCGCGGGCUAAAAGGCGGCCAAUGGUUAAGACGGGAAAGUUCAAGAAGAUGUUCGGCUGGGGGGACUUCCACUCUAACAUCAAGACGGUCAAACUCAACCUGCUGAUCACCGGUAAGAUCGUGGAUCACGGCAACGGCACCUUCAGUGUCUAUUUCCGCCACAACUCCACAGGCCAGGGCAACGUGUCCGUUAGUUUGGUCCCUCCAACCAAGAUAGUGGAGUUCGACGUGGCGGCGCAGCAGUCCGUCAUCGACGCCAAGGACUCAAAGUCCUUCAACUGCCGCAUAGAGUACGAGAAGGUGGAGAAGGGUGCCAAGAACACACUCUGCAACUUUGACCCGUCCAAGACCUGCUACCAGGAGCAGACCCAGAGCCAUGUCUCCUGGCUCUGCUCCAAACCUUUCAAAGUCAUCUGCAUCUUCAUUUCCUUCUACAGCACCGACUACAAACUGGUGCAGAAAGUGUGUCCUGACUAUAACUACCACAGUGACACUCCCUACUUCCCAUCCGGCUGAUGUUCCCAUACACUCACAUACAGAAAAGUGUACGAGUGGAGCACAAACUGGGGCUUCUACCCGUCCCAGAGAAAUCUGUAUGUAAGCCCCCCCCCCCGUCCCUAAACAUGUUCCCACCAGAGAGUCAGCCAUCCCAAAUGAUUUCCCAAUUUAAUGUUCUGAAUGCCAAGAGCGUUUGCAGAUGGUAUAUAGGACUGUAAUAUGUUUAAAAAUGACCUGAACAUGUCUGCGAUUAGUGUGAUUAUUAACAGUUAGAAUUUUGUUCCUGAAUUGGGUUUUGACCCUUUUGAACCAUGUGUAGAUAGCAGGACUUAUUGGUCCUUUUGGGAUUGUUAUCGCAUUUAUACUCUGCCCUUUGUUGUUUUGCUUCAUGUUUAGUUCACACUGCUUAUCAAACUAGCUGUUGAUAACUUUGUUUUCCUCUUUUAGCAUAUUUCAUAUUCAAUCCAUUAUCACUCUGGACAACAAUAUAUGGACUGUUUGCCCCCUGCUGUGAUAUUUAUGCUCUGCAGUUUAUCCUGCAUAACUGGAAAACAAAAUGAACUCCUCAUUUAAAAAUAGUAUAAAAAAAAAAAAUCAUCAGACGUUUUUACAAAACCUGCAAGGCAGUUGAAGAGGACAGUGAAGAUUUAAAUGUGAGUGUGAUGCAUUUAGCAAUGGGGGGGGGGGGCUCGGAGCUGGAUCUGAGCAGGCUUUCCCCCCUCGGGCGAGUUUGGAUUUGGAGUGAAAAUGCAUUACUUCGCUCACUUAAUGUAACACUGUCAAUCUUCAGCUGUUGUCAGAUUGUUCCUGCUCGUACAGCUAGAUGUCGAGUCUGUUCGGUGAUUGGUUCAUUCUCAACUGAUUGAAUGUCUGAUUACCUGAUCGAUUGAUCAGUGGAACACGUGUGGGGGAUGGGGCUUGCUCAUUGUCACUUAAUAUAUCAAAUGUAAUGUAUUGAAUUCUAUAUCUUAGAGCCUAAUUUGUAUGAAUGGUUUGUAUUGUACAUAGUUUAUCCCCAUUGCGUCGCUUGUGUACAUGCCCCCCCCCCCCAUGAGCUGUGUGUUUACCCCCUUCCUGCUGAGUCCUCUUGUUCACACCAAUUAUGCUCGUUCUUGUUUCCUCUAACAAAGAAAAUGAUGUUGCUGCCCUAGAUGUGAAUUUCUUGAAAUCAGCAAUCCUGUACAGAGGCUGUAAAACUGACUAAAUAUAUUAAAAGUAUUAAUUGCAAUUUUCUUUAUUGAGGGGUUUAUUGGGGGUUGGAGAUGUACAAAUGAAUUAAAGAAUACAGUCAAUUUUAUCGAUUGAA